AAUGAAUAGCGCUUGCUAUCGGUAGUCGACGCUCAAUUUUUGGUGUCAUUUUGCUUUUACUUGGGACAUCGCCCACUUUUCACAUCGAAAACUUUGCUAGUACUGUUUUAAACUCAACAUAGUAAUAUUCAACGUAACGUGUUUGUAAUUCGUGUUUGUUCGUUCUGUUAGGUCUGUGUAAUUAGUGGCUUGUUUACGGGAAAAGAACGAUUUGCGAUGCGGGAAUAUAAAAUUGUGGUCCUUGGAAGUGGUGGUGUAGGAAAAUCUGCACUUACAGUUCAAUUUGUUCAGGGCAUCUUUGUAGAGAAGUAUGACCCUACUAUUGAAGAUUCUUACCGGAAGCAAGUGGAAGUUGAUGGACAACAAUGCAUGCUCGAAAUCUUGGAUACAGCUGGAACGGAACAAUUUACAGCCAUGAGAGACUUGUACAUGAAAAAUGGCCAGGGUUUUGUAUUGGUAUACUCCAUUACUGCACAGUCUACCUUUAAUGACCUUCAAGAUCUGAGGGAGCAAAUCUUGCGUGUGAAAGACACUGAUGAUGUUCCUUUGGUACUUGUUGGUAACAAGUGUGAUCUUGAGGAUGAGCGUGUUGUAGGGAAAGAUCAAGGCAUGAAUCUUGCUAGGCAGUUUAACAACUGUUCCUUCUUGGAGUCUUCUGCAAAAGCAAAAAUCAAUGUUAAUGAGAUAUUUUAUGAUUUAGUGAGGCAGAUAAAUAAGAAAUCCCCAGAAAAGAAAUCAAGUAGCAAAAAGAAGACACACUGCAACAUUUUGUAACAAGAUUCCAACUGGUUCUCAUUUUAAUUAGCAGAGAGAAAAAGGGGGAGAAGGAGAGGGAGGGAAAAUAUUCGCAUUAUAAGAUAAUCAUGAUUCAAAAUGUAACUAUGGGCUAUCUGCCAUCCGGUUGCUACUAAUUGAUUUAGUUUCCAACAUUUCAUCAAGCACAGUUUUGUGUUGAUUCAUUUGAAACUUCCAACCAAGUUAUAAAAUCGGCAUGGUGGCAUUUAGUCAUGUAAAUUGCAAUUGUACCCCUUUUUUUUUGUCUUGCCUUCAACAUAUUAAUCAACCGUCAUACCUUUUGAUCCCUUUCGCUAUCGAUCCAUUAAUAAAUGAUUAACGUCAUUAUAAA